UGUUUCCCCUCACCGCUUUGGACCGCGGCAUUUUUUUAUCACGCGGCGGAAAUGAGCAUCAACUUCGUGGCUGAAAGUUUUCUUUUCCUCUUUUUACUGUCGUGGAAGAGCAACCGCAUGCGGACACAAUGACAGAGAAAGCAAGGGGCUUUUCAACGCGAACUUUUCCCUCUCAAGUCCACUUAGUUGUGCUCCAGCUCAGCGCCUAGAUGCUAGCAUACUUGCCUCCCAGCACAUUUCCGUUAUGCGAAGUCCAACUUGGUUGUUAGUCGUCGUGCUGCGGUGGGUGCCCGUCCAAGAUAACGGAGAACCAGUGAUUCUCUGCCAGUCUGGUUUCUGCAAUGAAUGGUAACACUAUCCAUCCAGCCAACACCACUUCAGCAGGAGGAGGUCCAAGUGUAGCAGCGCCACCCAGAGGCUGGAGGGAGUUCUGUGAGCUGCAUGCCAUCGCAACAGCCCGACAGCUGGCUGGACAUUACCGGAGCUUUGCCAGUGAGCGCCCGCAGCAUGAGCUGGUCCCACCAGAGACUUUCUCCAAGCACUUUACCGACCUCUUCCAGCACCACUUCUGCUGCGAAGUCGACAAAGAUGGCAGUCCACUCGGCCAUGGCUCAUGCCCGAUUGCCUCCGGAAGCGCAUCCGCAACAGCUUCUUCCUCUCCCUCACCUCAUGCUGUGAUCAGCCAGUUGCGGAUCUCGUCCCUUUCACAGGAUUACCGGGAGGCGGGGCGGCCGAGCAUAGGAGCCGCGUCGAUAUCUGUGGUGCCAAAAGUGGAGCCGGUGUUGGUCAGUCGGGAGCAGGAGCAGCCGCUGAGAUGUGCAGCAAGAAACUCCUUUUCGGGGUCUAGAAGUAUUAGCGGGGGGUCGCUGCUGAUCCAAAGCCACAGCAGCGAUGAGAUCUCUGCCACUGAUCGCCAUCAGCCACCUGAGCGACAUUCCUCGGACUCUUUGGCGUCAAAUUCUGCACACAGCGACAUCACGCAUUUCCCUGUCAGCCAGAUUCAAAAGACAGUACAACGGAUUUUCCAAAAACGGCACUCCCACAGUCCCUGCUCUUCCCAGGACCUGUCUCUUAGCAACCCCAACCCCACCACCACCAAUAACAGCACCCUGAACAACGGUGACAGAGUGGAGGAAGGCUCAUGCUCUUUGUCCCACUCAUUCCCCUCACAGAACUUGGAAGCAACCUCCCCGGGUGCCUUACAUCGACCCAGAGUGGUCUCGCACCUCCUGGAGGGUUUUCGUUGGUUACGCAGCAGAAGCAUGAGGCUCAGGAGGCCGGAAGUGAGCGGCUGCUGCAAGGAGGGCCAACUCAAGUACCUGCUGGUGGAUGACACUAUCUCGGACUCUCUGCCCCACUGGCAACGCUGCCGCCUGCUGGUCAGGAGGAUCAGAGACACUCAAAGUGGAGGGGGCAGAGCAGGAAGCGAGAGGUACCAGCUGGAGCUGUACGAUCCCCCAAAGGCCUCAAGUCCCAAACUGACAACUCACUGCUCAGAUAUCCAAGAAGUCCGUCGCUGCACCCGACUGGAGAUGCCUGACAACUUAAACACAUUCGUUUUAAAGGUUAAUCGAGGGAGUCUGAUAUUUGAGACGGAUAACGACCAGCAGGUCAGCUCCUGGACCACAGAGCUAAAGGAAUGCAUCAGCAACAGGCCAGGCAGUGUGGAUCUGGAGUCCCCCCUGUCCUCAGCUGACAGCUCUGUUCCAGCCAAUCAGAGGAGGAGCUCAGAUUCAGGAAGUCAAGGUCCUGUCACCCUCAGUCUGCCUGAGCAGGUCAUCCAGAAAGCCGAUGACUUCCUGGUUUCUUUCCCCUGGUUUCACGGGCCCAUCUCUCGGGUCAAAGCGGCCCAUCUUGUCCAGAGCUCCGGCCCUGAAGGUCACGGCGUGUUCCUGGUCCGGCAGAGUGAGACGCGAAGGGGAGACUUCGUCCUCACGUUUAACUACCAGGGCAAAGCGAAGCACCUGCGCCUGUCUUUAAAUGAAUGGGGUCAAUGCAGGGUGCAGCACCUGCGCUUCCCCUCCGUCAUGGACAUGCUCAGCCACUUCCGCCUCUACCCUAUCCCGCUGGAGUGCGGAGCCGCCGGAGCCGUCACGCUAUCCAGCUUCGUACUGGCCGGCUCCAUCCCACCAUCACACGGUCAGCUCUCUGGCGCUCUCCUCGUCCCUUUCUCCCUCCAUCGGUGGAGCUCUGAACCCAGCUUGGCGCGCUGCAGCCUGGCCAGCAGCUCCGGUCCGCCCCCUGCAUUCUCCUCCUCCACCACCAGCACCACCUCCACAUCCAGUCCCAGCUCCUUCACCCAGGUGGCCCGCGCCGCGCCAGAGCCCGCUCCAUCAGCGCCGGCUCAUCUGCGUCGGAGCGAAUCGGUGGGGAGGAGGCCUCUGCUGCGCAACCCCAACCCUCACACUCCCAUCAUCCCUCAGCGGGACUCGGAUUAUGAACUGGAGCCCGACCGCAGUCGCAAGCGGGCGAUAGACAACCAGUACAUGUUGCUCUGACGCACCCUGCCAGGACAAGAUGGCCGCUCCGACAUGGCGUCGGUGGCUCAGAUUCAGAGCGUCGCCUUCAGGAACAGAAACGUGCUUGAAAGAAGCCGACGGACACGAGGGAAAGAAUCCGAACAAGUCCGAAAAAAUGCAAAACACACUCAAAAACAAGUUUGCCCCACCCUCAGAACCUCCAGCGUCCACAGUGAAUGUAUUUCUAGGAGUUUUUUUAAGAGUGUUAACAACGAUGAAUAGUCUUGUUUUCAAUGAACGAGCUUAGGCAGAAGAGGAAACCUUUUCUAACACCUGUUGUUGUGUUUUUCUUGAAAGUGCACUUGAUGUCAUUUCUUCAGCACUUAACCUGAAAUGAUGGGAAAUCGCCGUCUGCUCCUUCGGGAAUGUUUAGGGCAUGAACUAGUCACAAAAAGUUCCCCAAGCAGAGCGAAAACCUCCACCUUGGAACACAAGCAAGCUGCGCUCCUUUUCUCUAUGGGAUCAGAUUCUGUUCUUCCUCAUUGAGCGUUUUUUAAGCAUCAAGUGCGCCUCACCUUCAGUGCACUUUGUUUAUUUUUUUUCUAUACACAACCUUUUGUAGAAAAAUAAAAUAAAAAGUUAGAGGGAAAAAAAGGAGAAAAAGUUCUAGAAAGAUGUAGUUUUAGAAACCAGAUUGCUCUUAAAAAACAACCACAAAUUCAGGAUGGGAUUGUCGGCGCCGCUGUGGUCUGCUUGUGUUCACAGUCUGGGUUUGUGUCGAGUCAAGCGGAGUCUAUAAAUAAGCUUCGAUUUUCUUUUUAAUCAACCAAAUAAAUUAUCCAAAUCAAAGAAAAUGCCACAAAAUAAAAAAAACUGGAGGGACGGUGAUAAUUUUAAAAGUUCCAACCACUUCCUGUUCAGAAAAACCUGAGAAAUGAGGCCCAUAUGAAUGGAGUUUAUAAAUAAGCCAUUACCACUUAGACACAUACAUCCUCCAAUUUCUUCAAACCAGAGCAGGAAUGUGUUCAUUUUUGGUGUCUUUCUCCCUACUUCGUGUCGUCAGUCAGGUUCUAAUGUAGCACUUUUACAUGUUUGUCCAUCAGAAUUUCCAAAAAAGUGAAAUAACAAUCCACCGGACUUUUAUUUUCCAAGUUUAAAGAUGUUUCGCUCCCCAUCCAGGAAGCUUUUUCGAUUCAAAAUGUCUGGAUUAGUGUUGAGCUCCAGGCUUUAUAGCAUUUGAAUUGGAAAAAGUUUUCUGGAUGGAAAGUAAAAUGUCUCGAAUCUUGGAAAACAAAGUCCAGUGGUUUGGUUUUUUUUUUACCUUUUUUUUUUUAGAAAGACUAUAACCUGGAUGACAGAAGAUGUUCACCAGCAUGUGCAGCAGAGAGGCUAACAUCUGUCUCUAUAAUAAGGAAUGUUUCCAGGAAAUCACUUUGGAUAAAUUUAAUCCCAGAUCUGUCAGGAAAAAAAGAAACGGAUCAAUUUUCAGCCUUUUUUCAGGUAUUUAAAAUCUUGUUUAGACUCGAGGUUAGUCACCUAACCCUGAGAUAAGCUGAAAGAUGGUGCUGAACUCUGAUCAAAAACAGACAAAUAAAAAGGUACUAAAAUCCAUUAUUAAUCCGUAAAAAGGCGACUCCAGUUGAUUGCUUUUGUGGCAUUAAAAAAAUGAGGGAAUUCUCCGAAUCACCAGAAAGCCUUCGCUUCCAGACCGAACCAAUGAUCGGACUGAAUUCCAGUUAACAUUUGACUCAGUCUGCAUGAUUUGUCCAGUUACCUGUGAAGUGAUGCAGCUCAGCCGCUACCACCACAUCAGGCACCUUUUUUUCCACAUUCUGGUAGCAGCGUUGUCUUAGCUUUACUUUUUACACUUAUAGCAUUAAUUCUUUGUAUUUUCUCUCACUUCACAGCAGCUUCAACCAAAAGGGCUGCAAAAGUUUUGUUUUGUUUUUACACUAGAUGUAUUUUCUACUUGAUUUUUAUUUUUUUAUGAAGUGAGGAGAACGUUUUCUAAACAAAGCUUUGAAGCUGUCUAAAUGUGGCGUGGGAUGUUGCAGAACCACUAACAUUGGUAGUUAAAAAGGUGCCUUUAAAAGGUUUCGAACCGUCACAGCAAAACAACUCAGGUGUGGGUUUUAGUCACUGAAAGCUGAAGCGACUCCUAUAACCAAAGCCCGGAGUUCUCCAUCCAGUUUGUCGUGGUUCCUCUCCAUCCGUAGGAUGUCAUCUCAAACUUUAGAGAACCAAAAAAAAACAAAGAUGAUCUGUAACCCUUCUGAAGAAAAGAAAAGCAGCUUCCCUUCCCGUCACAGCCGGAUGACUUUGAGAAUCAUGUCUUGUAACGUUGCUUUAACACUACGUCAGCAGAUUUAUUUUAGAUUUGCUUGCAGUCAACUUUUUCCUAACAUUUGCCGUCUCUCUGCAGCCUGAUUUUAAAUUGUAAUAAUUCAAUUUGCUUUGGGUAUUUGUUUUUUUUUCUACCAAAGUAAUAUUUGUUAGUUUACUAAUGGUUGUCGCGUCCUCUUUAAUGUAUUAUCGUGAUCUAGACUGACAUCUGCUGAGGGGAACAAAAACAAGGAUGUUUUUGGCAAACGUACGGUUGGUCGUCCUGCCUUUAUGUCUGAUUAGAUUCCUUCAUCAUUGUUUCAUUUCUGCUAAAGCAGAGCAACGGUAGAAACAAAAAAAAAAAAAACUCUUCGUUUUGUUUAUUGUUUUUUUAUUAUUAUUAUUAUUCCUGGGAGAGUGGCUGUGCCUUUGCCAGAAAGCUGCUGUUGCUUUUUCCCCUUCUCCAAAGCUCAGGGUGUGAUCGUGCCGUGCAAUAAAUGAAAGAUGCUUCACACCGUGCUAAAUGGAGGAAUCAAGUGCUUAAAUCCGCUUAUACACCAAAAAAAACAUUUGAAUAAAAACAAAUCAAGAGCUGCCACAUUUUUGAUUCUUUUUUUUUACCCAUCUACAUUUAUAUAGCAGCAAAACAUCGAGGCAAAGCUUGAAGCGUUAUCAUGGGGUCAUUGGCCCCAAACAGCUCCCCCCUCCCCCGCGUGUUGUUGAAUUGAAUGCGUCCAGUUGAUGAAUGUAAUGUGUUUUGAAUACUGUUCCUCCUGUCUGUUAACUUCGCACUGUAAACAUUUUCACAUCAACGCAACAUCCCGUCCACAGCAGCUUCUCACACGGCUCGUCGGGUAAGCAUCCCUUUCAAUUAUGAGCAUUUAAGUUAUAGUAUAAAUAUAUAUCAACUGUAUAUAUGACUUUUAUAAAUAAACCUAACC